AUGCCGAGACCGAAACGACCAGGCGCACCCGCUCCUAAACCAAGAAGUCGACAUGGAUGCUGGCCUUGUAAAAGACGUAAAAUCAAAUGCAACGAGGAAAAACCGUCUUGUGCGAACUGUCUCCGUCAAGGUGACACGUGCGAUUAUAGCAUUCGUCUGAAUUGGGAAGGUCGUACGAAGAGAAAGGCUUCCGAUCCCCCGACGCCAAUUUCGAAUUCCCCGUUUGUGUCGUACUCGACCAAUUUUCAGCAGUCCUCCUUUGUCGGCGGGCUAGAGUUGACAUCUCCGGUCGAUUUGACUCAGUCGGUGAGAGGGGAUUGGUCUGCAGCUUCCAGUCCAUAUGCAAAUAGUACGGGAAAUACGUGGAUCUCCCAAGGGACGCCCGGUUCAACCCCAUCCGUACCCGCAAAGUCGCCGCCUACGGGACCUGGGGAUCACCAUGCGAUACCUAAUGAGGACUCAGUAAUGCCGUCGAUGGCCGAGCAACUAGCAAAUUCUCCAGUGGUAGCCCCUUCGAUGACAGUGCAUGAGAAUUUCCAGCCUUAUCCACAACCCUUUGCAGUACCGGAUAGUCUCGACUCUGUUGGACUGGGAUUUACUUCGCUUCCGUCGUACGGGUUUGAAAGUAAUGCUGUCUCGCAACCAGUUUCGUUCCUUCGCGAUACCUCGGCCGGGGAUUCCAUGGCACCGACUAUGACUGAACAAUCCAUAUACGGGUCUAAGCGUCACAAGAAGCAGGAGGAUAGUUUGAGUCAUCGUCUCUAUCACCGCCGUCAAGCGUCACUUGACCAGGAAAUCGGUCGGAUGUCAGUAAAUGAAUUAUUGGCCAGCGCCGGCGAUAAUCAUGAGUCGGGAUCUCUGGCCGUUCCAGGGAGAUGUGGGCCGAUAGUUAGUGGUCAUGAGAUUUUCUAUGGAUAUGACUGCGGUACUCCAGAUUAUGAUGUCAAUAAGAACAAUGAUGCCGAAGCCAUUGCACCAAUCAGCCCUUCUGAAGAGGUCUUUGAGGAUGAUUCAUUAAGCCCUGUCUCGGAACAGACGCCUACCAGUUCUAUUCACGUACGUCGAAGAUCCUCAUUUACUACGGGCGGUGGUUACUAUGUAACCCCUACUCGCGUCAAGAUUCCGAGGAGGAUGACACCGUUACCGUCGACGUUGCUGGACAAUCCGAUGAAUCUGCUGUAUUUUCAUCAUUUUAUCGAUCACACUGCGCGAAUAUUGGUUCCUCAUGACUGUGAUCGCAAUGGGUUUUUGAGAAUUCUACCUGCGAUGGCUAUUAACGAUCCCAAUCUUCUCAAUUUGAUGCUGGCGUAUUCGGCAAGCCAUCGAGCUCGCUUUCUGCGUCAUCCCGAACCAUCCAAUCGAAUUGCACAUUGGGUCAAGGAUGUUUUUCCUACCCUCCGGCAUGCCCUGAAUGAACCCGAAGAAAAAGUGACCGACAGUCAUUUGGCAACUGCAAUUAUGCUUCUGUCUCUCAAAAUUGUAUCUCCAAGCACUUUUGAAGUACCCAUCACAUGGCAGACUCACCUUAAACUCGCGAGGGACCUAUUUGUUGCUCGUGGGUUUCAACAUCGUCCCCCUCCGAAUAACAAGGUGGCUUUCUUUCUUGUUCAAUGGUUCCGCUAUUUGGAUAUCCUUGGGAGUCUAUCGUGUCGACACAGCGGCGCUCCCUUGUCUCAUACAAAUUAUCCGUUGAUAUCAACAGAGGAUGAAAAUCUGGAUGACAGAUAUGGAGAGCGUGGUGGUGGCGAUGAGAAUUACAGAGUUGAUUGUUUCUUUGGAUGCACGCCUCGGACGGGAGCGCAUCUGGCGCGCCUAGCACAAUUGACUCAUCGCUGUGACAACGAGCGUUUUGACGAAGUCAGCAAUUUCAGGACAGAUUGGACUCCAUCCGACGACGUGAUACAAGCAGGCCAAUCUCUCCUGGAGGAGAUGCAUCACACCAGACAGCGCGGACACGUCCCAGGAACCCAUCACACUGAGUUAGAGGACAACGAGAUGAUGGCAAUAGAUCUGGCAUUCCACUGGUCAGCCGUACUUCACACCCAUCGCCGUGUCUUGGGUAACACCAGCUACUCGACAGAGAUCGCUGAAGCGGUCGACAACCUCUGUGACGCAAUCUCGAGAAUCCGUUCUGGAAGUUCGACCGAGUGUUCUGUUCUCUUCCCGCUCUUUACAGCUGGAUGCGAAAGUCGGGAUCCUCAGCAGCGGUUAGAUAUUAUGACGAGGGUGAUGAAUUUUGAAACUGAGGGGCUCAAGCAGUUCAAGAAUGCGCGUAAAUUGAUGCAGCGGUGUUGGGAAGAGGAUCUGCCGUGGAUGGCGUUGGCUCACGGCGAAUUUUUGGGUUAAGAGGAAUAAACGACAUAUUUGAGAAUUAUAGGGGUAGUUGAGUGAUUUAAAUACAUUAUAUAGUUGUCUUGGUGGUGGUUACACUGAGCAGAAUUGCGACAAUUAAUUACCCGUUGUAGCGUCUUAUCCACACCGCCUUGGCGGUGUGGGUCAGCACCGGCUCAACGGAAUUGAAUUUUACAUACAAAUUGACAUAUCGGAAUAGCCUCACAAAUGCGCUUCCCCCCUCUAUAUCUAUAAGAAAAAGUGCCUAGUCGGGUAAAUCAGAUACGACGUUUUCACCUAUAGGCUCGUCAUUUGCCCGUAAGCUUUGUUGUUGUACCUUUUCUCGAGCUUCUCUUUCUCUCGCUUCUUCGCGCUCCCGUUCCAUCUUCGUCUUAUUUUUCUCCAUCUCGUGAAGCUUACGAUUCUCAGUAGCCCGAUUAGCAUCCAUUAUAGUGAGAACUCCUCCAACCUGCACCUGCCGCUUAGUUUUCUUACGGCUGCGGCGCCGAUUGACUUCUGUAAGAAGCUCUAUAUGGUGUUCAUAAAGAUCACUUUGGUGAGAUUUAGGAAGCCCGGCAUCAGCAAUCCUAUUGACGAAGGUAUUGCGAUAUAGCGCCAAUAUCCUGUCGUAAUCUUUCGACACUUUUCUCAAAACCUUGGGUGUCUCUUGGUGUUGAGCGAAAUCCGAUUAUUGGUGAACUUGGAAUGUUCUGCUCCUCUCCGUCAAAAAUUUGUAAUAUAGGACUGUCACAUGAAUCUAUCUUUGCUUGCAGUGGCCUAAGCACAAUCUCUGGAUCGUAAGUAUAGGUGCCUGCGUUCCGAAAGCCUGCCUUGAUUGUACGCUGUGUAAAGACCUGUAGGUGCACGUUAUGAUGUCCAUGUAGAAAGUCGCUUUUAUCGGUCAGAUUCGUCUCCAAGGCGCGUCUGACGGUUCACCGCUUUCCCAUGGAAAUGCUUAUGUCGUUGAAAAGGCACACCAUACAAUGGCUGUAGGGUAUGAGUUGUAUGGGGGUGGAAACGAAUACAUAUAAUCCGAUGGCGUUGACAAUAGUCGAGGAAUUGCCAGGUCAAAAUGAGCGCCACAAUUAUCCAUAAGAAGAAGUCGAUAUUUCAUAUCCUCUUUCUCUUCUGUAGAUGUGUCAAAAUGUAUGAGCCAUUCGGUAGCAAGCUCGUCAGAUAUAUAUCCAUCUGGGGAUACUGCAACAACGGAAUCAUCCUCUAGGUCGCGGUACCACACUUCCAUAUGGGCCUUGCCAGCGAGUAUGAUAGACGGAGGAAUUACCUUUCCAAGUACGUUUAUACACUCAACAAUUGUAAUCGACUCCUAGCUGCCUGCGAUGCUAUUUUUAUAGCAAUUUCCUGGUUUUUGUACGAAUCCGAUGCCAUUUUGGUGGUGAUUUUGAAGUUCAAAUUGGGUCAAUUUGUAUGUAU